AUGGCUUUGCAAUGGUGGAGAUUUUUCCCAUUUUCUCUUGUUGCCAUUUUCAUCUUCCAUGGCUUCUGUCUCUCAGAGAAAGCUCCAUACUACACGUUUGUCAAAGAAGCAACUUCAGCUCCGCCGAUUUCAUAUUACGAUUACAUAAUCGUCGGUGGAGGAACCGCUGGCUGUCCCUUGGCUGCAACUCUCUCGGAGGAUGCGGUGGUUUUAGUCUUGGAAAGAGGCGGCUCACCGUACACAAAACCAAACGACAUAGGCAACUUCGCCACCACUCUGUCGGACACUUCCCCGACAUCGCCAGCCCAACAGUUUAUCUCCGAGGACGGCGUGUACAACGCCCGUGCCCGUGUUCUCGGCGGCGGGAGUGUUCUCAACGCCGGAUUCUACACGCGAGCUGGUGAAAAUUACACCAGAAAAGCCGGGUGGAGGGAAGAUUUGGUGAAGCGUUCUUAUGAAUGGGUGGAGAAGAAGGUGGCCUUUGAACCACCGAUGUUACAUUGGCAAUCCGCCGUGAGAGAUGGGUUGAUUGAAGUUGGAGUGUUGCCGUACAACGGCUUCACGUAUGAUCAUAUAUAUGGGACGAAGGUCGGUGGAACUAUUUUUGACAGCGAUGGCCAUCGACACACUGCCGCCGAUUUGCUAGAAUAUGCUGAUCCUCAGAAGAUUACGGUUUAUUUGCAUGCCACCGUGCAGAAAAUCUUGUUUACAACGAAAGGGAGACGACCGAGGCCAGAAGCUCAUUGUGUGGUAUUUCAAGAUGCGUCAGGAGGGACCCAUAAAGCCUGCUUAAUCAAAAGCUUCGGCAUGAGUGAGAUAAUUUUGUCGGCCGGUGCAAUCGGGAGUCCGCAGCUGCUGAUGCUGAGCGGCGUUGGACCUGCCAAGCAGCUUCGGCAGCACGGCAUCGACGUGGUGGUGGACCAACCGUUAGUGGGGCAAGGGAUGGCCGAUAAUCCGAUGAACGCCCUUUUCAUCCCUUCGCCACUGCCUGUUGAGGUCUCACUGAUUCAAGUCGUCGGCAUCACAAGGUUCGAUAGCUACAUCGAAACAGCCAGUGGUUUGAGCUUCGCUUACUCUUGGGCUCAAAGGCUUUCUGCAGACUAUGAAUUGUUCUCUAAUCAGAGUAGACGACAGCCGUCCCUGGUGACGCCAGAAGCAAUGGCGAGCGCUCUUGAAACCGUGCAAUCCUACAUGAAUGGAACAAUAAGAGCUGGAGUUAUCGUUGAGAAGAUAAUGGGUCCAAUCUCCACCGGUCAUCUUGAUCUCCGAUCCACUGAUGCCGACGAUAACCCUUCUGUAACUUUCAACUAUUUUCAGGAUCCUGAAGACUUAAAACGAUGCGUCCAGGGGAUGCAAAUCAUCAUCAAUGUCGUCAAUUCCAGAGCUCUGGCAAAGUUUCGUUACAGUGACAUGCCUAUUCAGGGCCUCUUAAACUUGAUAGUGAACGUCCCCACGAACCUGAGACCGAGGCACCUCAGCGCGGCAGUUUCCCUGGAACAGUUUUGCAGAGACACUGUGAUGACCAUUUGGCAUUACCAUGGCGGGUGUCAAGUUGGAAGAGUGGUUGAUGAUAAUUAUAAAGUUCUUGGCAUCGACGCUCUCAGGGUUGUUGAUGGCUCUACUUUUUUCAACUCUCCUGGAACCAAUCCUCAGGCUACUGUGAUGAUGCUUGGAAGGUACAUGGGAUUAAGGAUUUUGCAGGAGAGAAAGAGACUGCCCUCUGGGAAGAAGUAGAAGAUGAAGAUGAAGCUUUUUUGGGGGAAGAAGGAAGUUGAUUGAAUGUUACUGUGUGCAUUCAUUCAGGGUCUGCUUGAGUAAAAAUAUGUUAAAUAAUUUCCUUAGAACCUGAAAUUUUUAUUUACAGAUGCCUUUGAUUUCCCUUUUUCCGGGCCUUUUUGUCGCCUUUUAACAAAGAGAGUCAGCUCAGCAGUCAAAUUCUCUUUUUAAAGUGAAUUAAAGGGUGAUGAGAUGAUCAUCAUAAUUUCGACA